AUGAGCACCGUUGAGAUCGAAACCCGUCUUUUCAUAGACGGCGAAUUUGUCCCCUCGUCUGAUGGGGCAAAGUUCGACCUUUACAGCCCUUUCACAGGCGAGCUAGCUGCCCAGGUGCAUGAGGCCAAGGAUGUCGAUGUUGACCGCGCGGUCGAGAGUGGAAAGAAAGCAUUCCCGGCGUGGGCAGCUAUGGAUGGAUCUACAAGGAGGACGCUCAUGUUGAGACUGGCCGAUCUGGUUGACCAAAAUAUUUCGGAGUUCGCACGACUCGAGGCUCUGUCCAUGGGAAAGCCCGUCUCUUCCUAUAUGGACCAGAUCGGUACGGCAACACUCAGGUAUUAUGCCGGCAAGGCCCUGGAUAUUCACGGCGAGACUUCGCUACUCUCGGAGGGCCAGCUAAAUUUCUCACUCAAGCAGCCAUACGGGGUUACUGCGGCCAUAAUCCCAUGGAACGUGCCCUUGAUUAUGAUCUGCUUUAAAGUCGGCCCCGCGCUCAUUGCUGGGAACACCCUUGUGCUGAAGUCUUCUGAGAAAGCACCCCUGACUUCCCUUCUCUUUGCUCGACUCACAAAGGAGGCUGGAUUUCCUCCCGGUGUCUUCAACGUUGUAUCGGGAUUUGGCCAGACCUGCGGGGAUGCCCUCGCUCGCCACAAGGAGAUCCGCAAGAUUGCAUUCACGGGCAGUUCGAGGACAGGUAAACUCAUUCAGAAGGCUGCUGUGGAGUCUAAUUUCAAGGAUUGCUCUCUUGAACUUGGGGGAAAGAGUCCAAUAGUGAUUUUCCAAGAUGCGGACCUCGAAAAAGCAGCCAAAGCCGCUGCCUUUUCCAUCGUGGCCAACUCCGGCCAGGUGUGCAUGGCAUCUUCACGGGUCUACGUGCAAGGUUCAAUCAUGAACCAGUUCAAGCCAAUGUAUCUCAAUGCAAUUCAAGCGGUCACUGGGAACAUUGGCGACCCGUUGAGCAAGGACACAGGGUUUGGGCCCCAGGCGGACACACAACAGCACAAGAGCGUUUCUGCGUUUGUGGAGCAGGCUAAAAAUGACAGACUGAAGGUUCUGUUGGACUCUUCGUCUGGCAAGGAUGGGAAAGGAAAUUUUGUCUUUCCCAUGGUUCUGCAUGAUGUGCCCGAUAGUCACAACCUCAUGCAAGAGGAGAUCUUUGGAGCCAUAUCCUGCCUUAACACCUUCAAAACGGAAGAAGAGGUUAUCUCCCGGGCAAAUGACUCCGAGUUCGGUCUCUAUGCCACCGUCUUCACUCGCGAUCUGAACAGAGCCAUCCGUAUGGCGAAGAAUUUCGAGGCAGGAUCUGUUGGUGUCAAUAUCAGUUCUCCUUAUUAUUGCCAGGAUCUUCCAUUGGGCGGCUUUAAACAGUCCGGAACCGGGCGAGAACUUGGGAAAGAGGGGCUUGACAUGUGGACUGAAGUAAAGUCGGUAUAUGUCUCGUUGGGGUGA